AUGGCUGCUUUGACACAAACGUAUCAGCAGCAGACUGGUACGGCGACAAUGCUUUCGGGUCGAACAACACCCUCAGCCGGCAUGAUGCAGGCCAGUCAACCGAACAGACAUCAUCAAUACACGACUUCAGCACCCAGAGGAGGAGGAGGCUACCGGGGAAGCACUGUUCCUGUCCAUUAUCAGCCCACACCGAAUCUGAAUCAGAGCCUGGCGUGGCAACAGUAUGGAGCUUAUCAGACGAGUCCAUCCUCCGGCAUUCCAACGCAGACUUUCGAUCCCAGCCUGGUUCAACGUUCUCAUCGCACCAAUCCUUCAGUUACAAACAUGGCCCUGAUUCCUUCCUAUAGCCCUGGCCACAGCAGUCAUGGCAGCAGCCACAGCAGCGGCCACAGCAGCGGUCAUAGCAGUGGCCAUAGCAGCAGUCACGGCAGCAGCCAUAGCAGUACACGAGAUGACUCCGUCAAGUCACAAUCCAGGAAUGCUGCUUCUGCUCAGCGCCCACCGCUUGCUCAUAUUCCCUCCAGUGGCUCACAGCCGGCUUUGUCACCCAGCGGAACGCCAAAGAUGACUCCUGAUCGGUACCGAAGGCCAAGCAACUCCAACACUCAGCAUAGUCGAUCCCAAAGCUCGAAUCCUCCGCUUAGUCCUGGCAGCCAGAACGUGAUGUAUCAUGCGCCUUCCGGUUCUAGAUCUGUUCCAAAUCUCGCGGCUUCGCCUGUGCCAGCUCCGGGCGCAUCGAUGGACGAUUCGCAAUUGCACCGCAGACCAUCUCCGGACGAAGCAAAGAAGAUGCGCCGCCGUAGUGUCCAUACGAUACAGUCCACUGAUUCCUUCCGGCCUCUUUUGAAGCCCGAGAAUGCUCCUCGUCCUGGGCUAGCGGUCAUCACUAAGAACAGUGACAGGGGUGAAAAAUCCCCUCAACCUGCCACGAAGAAACCUGCGCAUGUCCGCAAGGGCAGCUCAGAUAGUGCAUCGUCUAGCCGAAGUAGCCAUUCGCGAUCCGCAUCGUUUACCAACCGCAAUGCGACUGUCCCCACUGGUAACCCCUCUUCACCGGGCUCUGACGAAGCACCUGCCAGGAAUGAUCAGCUCAAAGUAGCCGUACCGCCAAGAGGCUCAUCUUCCGAUGGAACAAAGCGGACGAUUAGUCCCUCUCCCUUAUCUAAACCCGCUACGAUGGCAAAUGAACAGACCGGAGAUGCUACCGCAGCGGCUGCAGCGCCCUCGACCAAGACUGUAGAAUCGCCGGCGGCAAAGCAGCUCGCAACCAUCAACGAGAAGGCUAUUAAAGGAAAGACCAAGACUUCCAGACUUCGUCGAGCGUUCUCAUUUGGCAGCGCAGCUGAAUUUCGAAAGGCUGCUGGUGGCAUCGAUGGUGAAGGUGCUGAUAGAGUGGAGGCGGCCAGGCUUCGUAAAGACCCUACAGCUGAAGAGGUCUAUGAUGCCGAGCAAGCACGUAUCGCUGAAGCACAAGAAGCUGCCGGUAUUGGCAAUAGCAUCUAUGGCGGUCGCUUCUUUGGCGGGUCGACGGAUAACCUGUCCAUCUCAUCGACUGCUUCAUCUGCCUCUAUAAUGAUCAGGAAGAUGGGCCGUGGUAUGAAAAAGAGCACCCGCUCGCUGGUCGGACUCUUCCGACCAAAGUCGGUCGUGGGUGUGCCCGCGGCUGAUGGUCCCGUUACCGAAGGCCAAGCUUCCGUUUCCAUGAUCACCGUGGAGGCAGAGACCCGACGUGUCAAUGUAACUGCGGACCCUCAGGACGGCAAGGGCGGCACUGGAUUCCCUCGCCUUGAGCGCAACUCUUUGGACGCCACACAGAUCCCUGAAAUUGGAGCGGAGCGUCUAGGCAGUGCAGGCACAGAUAACUCUGCGCGGAAGAGCAUUGUGGGUGGCGAUAAAGAGCGUGCAGAGGUGCUGGCGGCGGUUCGUAAGGGCAUCCUGAAGCACACAGGUUCCUCGAGUCCAUCAAUCCGCCCAUCGGAUUCGCCGGAUCUUGUCCUGCCAAACAUCCCAGCCGUCACAGACUCACCCAACUCAAGCGCACCGAGCACACCAAACGAUGACCACAAGAGAACUGGUUCCAUUGCCAUUGGCACCGAAGACUAUUUCACGGGUGCUUUCCGGCUUGGAAAGAGUCGGCCCGGAACACCUCAGUCUGGCCCAAAGAGGAAUGCCACAUUUUCACCACGCCUCAUCUUCCACGACACUUGGCCCAGCCAAGAGUAUGACCGCCGCGGCGAGAUUGCCACGUGCAACCGGCUCACGCCAAUGCUAGCUCAGCAGAUCAAGGAAGAGCUAAACAGCUUCAAAAUGGAAAUGGAAGUCCACGAGAACUCCAAGAUUUACACGCAUUUCUUCUGA